GCUAUACACGCACCGGAAACUGUAACGCGUGCGCAAGAGAAACUUUUCACGUGCGCACGUGAAAAGUUUCGGGUGCGCACAUGAAAAGUUUCUCGUGUCCACGCGAAAGUUUCUGUGAUUUAUUAUUUUUUUGGACAGGUCACUUCAGGGGCUCGGUUUUUUUUUUUUGUUUUUUUUUUCAAGGGUGAUGGAUGUUGGAUAACCUUAAAAAAUAACAAUAAUAAAUAAAAACUGGAUUUUGUGUUUACUCAGGUUGCCUUUAUUUUAUGUUUGUAUUUAGUCUGACGAUCUAAAAUUAUUUAGUUUGAUAUAUACACACAAAAAAGAAGAAAUAAGGAUGGGACAAAUACUUUUUCACAGCACUGUACAUGUUUUGGGAUGGCAAAAAAAGCUUCAAUUAUAUGGAUAGCUCGAAAGAACCGAAUCAGUAAAGUGAGUCAUAAAGUCAACCGCUGUUAAUUGCCCGAUACACACCCACCGCCACGCGCGCUUAAGUGGUGCUCUCUCUCUCGCUCGCUCUCGCUCUCUCUCUCUCUCGAGCUCACGAGCCAGUUGGACGGAAGGAGCGCGCUCUGAAUGCGGCACGCACAACUUCAUCCGCAUUGGUUUGAUAAGGAAAAGUUCUCAGUUUUAUAACUCAUUUUAUUUUUUUUAUUUAUUUAUUUUUCCCACUGGAGAUCAGCCUGUUCUUGUUUCGUUUUAUCCAAGAUCAUGGGUGCAAUGCGAUGUCUGCCAGUUUGGAUUGUAUUGACCAUGUUGCAGAUCUCCUGCUUGUGUGAACCUCUGGAGAAACAAGACAACCAAGUGAUAGACAUGUUGGCUCUGCAGGAUGUCAAGCAGAAUGUGGCUGCGGUGGAAAAGAUGUCUGGAGCACUGAAGACUCUCAGUGAUCUCUACAUUGUAUCCACCUUCCGCCUGCCACCCAAACUUGGAGGAGUGCUACUCGGCUUCUACAAUAAGCAGGACAAUAAAAAGUACUUGGAGCUUGCCAUCAUGGGCAAAAUCAACAAAGCUCUUGUGCGGUAUGUUCGUGAGGACGGCAAGCUGCACACAGUAAAUCUGCAAAGUUCUAAUUUGGCGGACGGGCGUGCUCAGUCCAUCAUCCUCCGCAUAGGAGGUCUGCAAAGAGAAAACCUCAGCCUUGAGCUUUAUGUCAAUUGCCGCCUGGCUGACUCUGCCCAGCGCUUGCCUCCAUUGGUCGCCCUGCCUGCGGAGGCAGAGUUGGUGGAGAUAAGAAAUGGCUACAAGGCAUAUGCUCGGCUUCAGGGAUCAGUGGAGAGCCUAAAACUAGCUCUUGGGGGGACUGUAGCUAAUGCAGGUGCUCUCACUGACUGCCCUUUUCAGGGUGACUCCUCCUCAUACAAUAUAGUAAAUGGAGAAGUGACCUCCAUUCUCGGUGAUCACACCAAAGUUCUGAUUGGACAACUCAUUAUCUUUAAUCAGAUCCUGGGUGAGCUUCGACAAGAUAUCAGAGAACAGGUGAAGGAGAUGUCUCUCAUUAGGAAUACCAUACUGGAGUGCCAAGUGUGCGGGUUCCAUGAGCCUCGCUCCCGCUGUCAGCCCAACCCCUGCUUUAAGGGUGUUCCCUGCAUGGAGUCUUCUGAGUUCCCAGGAUACCGCUGUGGGCCCUGUCCCGAAGGAAUGACCGGCAAUGGAACCCACUGUCAAGACAUUGAUGAAUGUUCACUGGCUCAGCCCUGCUACUCUCCAACUGCAUGUGUAAACACAGUGAAGGGCUUCAGAUGUGAGCCUUGCCCUCCUGGAUAUUGGGGGAAACCAAUCUUAGGGGUUGGUCUAGAAUACGCCAAGAAUCACAAACAGGAAUGUCUAGACAUAGAUGAAUGUGUGGAAGUUGCCAAUGCAUGCACAGCCAAUUCUGUCUGCAUAAACACCAUUGGGUCAUUUAAAUGUGGGCAGUGCAAAGCUGGAUAUGUGGGAAAUCAGACGGCAGGCUGCUUUCCUCGGAAGUCCUGUGCUACACUUGACUUUAACCCAUGUCACUCCCAUGCUCACUGUAUCAUUGAGAGGAACGGGGACGUAUCCUGCGCGUGUAAUGUUGGCUGGGCUGGUAAUGGAAACACAUGUGGUAUAGACACAGAUAUUGAUGGCUACCCUGACCGUGCUCUGCCCUGCAUGGACAAUAACAAGCACUGCAAACAGGAUAACUGUAUACACACACCAAACUCAGGCCAGGAAGAUGCAGAUAAUGAUGGCAUAGGUGACCAGUGUGAUGAGGAUGCUGAUGGGGAUGGCAUUAAGAAUGUGGAGGACAACUGCCGGCUGGUACCUAAUAAAGACCAACAAAACUCAGAUACAGACUCCUUUGGUGAUGCAUGUGACAACUGUCCCAAUGUGCCCAACAUUGACCAGAAAGACACAGACAACAAUGGAGAGGGCGAUGCUUGUGACCAAGAUAUUGAUGGAGACGGUGUUCAAAAUGUGCUGGAUAACUGUCCCAAAGUGCCGAACCCCAUGCAGACAGACCGGGAUCAAGAUGGAGUUGGAGAUGCCUGUGACAGUUGUCCUGAGAUGAACAAUCCCAUGCAGACUGACAUAGACAAUGACCUGGUAGGAGAUGUGUGUGACACCAAUCAGGACUUUGAUGGGGAUGGGCACCAAGACAGUCGAGACAACUGCCCCGACAUCCCCAACAGCUCUCAACUUGACUCGGAUAAUGAUGGUAUCGGAGACGACUGUGAUGAUGAUGAUGACAAUGAUGGAAUUCCUGACACUGAGACUGCGGAAGGUCUCGGUCCUGAUAACUGUCGGCUUAUUCCCAAUCCCAACCAGAAAGACUCAGAUGGUAAUGGUGUUGGAGACGUGUGUGAGAAUGACUUUGACAAUGAUGCAGUACUGGAUUUGAUUGACGUGUGUCCAGAGAGUUCUGAGGUCACGCUUACAGACUUCAGAGCCUAUCAGACUGUCAUACUGGACCCUGAGGGUGAUGCCCAAAUUGAUCCUAACUGGGUGGUGCUUAACCAGGGUAUGGAGAUCGUUCAGACGAUGAACAGCGACCCUGGAUUAGCAGUCGGCUAUACAGCAUUUAACGGUGUGGACUUUGAAGGCACUUUCCAUGUAAACACAGUGACUGAUGAUGACUAUGCUGGCUUCAUCUUCGGCUACCAGGAUUCAUCCAGCUUUUACGUAGUGAUGUGGAAGCAGACAGAGCAGACAUACUGGCAAUCUGUGCCAUUUAGAGCCAUGGCUGAGCCUGGCCUCCAGCUCAAGGCAGUAAAGUCCACUACAGGGCCUGGCGAAUAUCUCCGUAAUGCUUUAUGGCACACUGGAGACACAGAAGGUGAGGCGAAGUUAUUGUGGAAAGACCCACGCAACGUCGGCUGGAAAGACAAAACCUCCUAUCGCUGGCAGCUCAGUCACCGGCCCCAGGUUGGCUACAUCAGAGUAAAACUGUAUGAGGGAAUGGACUUGGUGGCUGACUCUGAUGUAAUAGUUGACACAACUAUGAGAGGAGGUCGGCUUGGAGUUUUCUGCUUUUCUCAAGAGAACAUCAUCUGGUCCAACUUACGCUACAGAUGCAAUGACACUGUCCCAGAGGACUUUGAGUCACAGCAUAAACAAGUACUAAUGCACAUUCAGGUGUGAGGAAUAGGAGAAUCAAAGCUGGCCACCCUGAUCUGCACUGCCUCUUCAUACAGAAACACGAAGUCUCUACAUUUGCUCUGGGUCUGCAAACCAGCCACCAGUGCUGCACCCGUCAGACUCUUGAGCUCUUGUGUAAAAGGGAACACAAGAUCAAAAAAGAGAAAAUGACACCACGUCUCUCUAAAUCUGAAGAGGCUAAAUCAAAGUAGAGAAAAUCAACAACUGACUUUUUAUUAUAUGAAUGAGAC